UUUAAUAUUUUAAAAAUGAUAGAUUUAAUUUCAUCAAGGAACAAUGUCUUUGUAUGGAGUGCAGAAGAUUGGUUGAAACUUCGAAAGGAUUAUCGAAUAACUGGUGAGCUCAUAGGUUGCCUACCAAAGAAACCUAGGCAAGAUAUACUUUUGGGUCUUCCAUUACUUUUACAGCCAGAAGAAGUAUCUCUUUUGCUUGAAAAAAAUAUUGCACGACUUAUACAAUAUUCAUGUUUUCAAAAACCACCAUCUGAUUCUUUAAAACAAGCUUUUGAAGAAUAUAGAAAUACAUUAUAUGCAGAACAAGAAAAAUGCUUAAGGAAUGAAAGACAAAAACAGGUGAUUGGUAUGAUGGACAGAAUUAUAGAAGGAAAAAAGCGAAAAAUACUUGGAAUUGACACAAGAAAGAAAAAAGCAAGAAAAUCAUUGGACUCGAAAGUUCAGGCAGCACUAAAUAAUAUAGAAAUAAAUAAACAAGAUUUAUUAGUAGAAGAAAUGGCAAAAUUACCCAAACUAGAUAAAAGUGAAGCUCUAAUUCAAACUCAUACAGUGUACCCAUGGACAUAUGAGGAAGAUGCAGAAAUUGUAGAAUGGAAAUAUCCAUCCAAUUACAAACAACAACUUCGAUAUAAAACUUAUAAAGAUUUAUGGGAAAGAGGAUAUUAUGUAACAAAUGGAGAAAAAUUUGGAGGAGACUUUUUAGCAUAUCCUGGAGAUCCUAUUAUGUUCCAUUCUCAAUUUAUAAUUUUAUGCAAAGAUAAAAAUGAAGAAAUUCCAAUAACUGACCUUUCAGCCCAGUGUCGAAUUGCUUGCCAUGUUCGAAAGACACAAGUAUAUGCUUUUCUUUCUAAAGAUCAAGACAUUAUAAGAUACCAAUCAUUUCAGUGGGCAGAAAGUGCUGCAUUUGAAAAUGUUUAA